AUGGAUUUAUGGCGGUUUUGCCGCACAUUCGUGCUUGCCUUUUCUAUUUUGGAGCUAUUAUGUGUUUCGGCUGAAGAAAAGUAUAAAUCAGCCAUUGGCGACCCCGGGAUGAGAAGAGAUAAUCUUAGGGUAGCAAUUGAAUCUUGGAAUCAAUGCAACGAGGUUGGCGAAGAAGCCCCAAACAUGGGAAGCCCAAGGAUGGCUGAUUGCUUUGACGUCCAUGGUUCUGAAUCACUCCGUAAGUGUAAUCACAAGGUGUAUGAAAGAGACAACAGGCUUGGGAUAAAGGACUCUUCUGGAGAAAUAAACGCCAGCAAUGCAGACCUUUAUGCGGCGCAGAAAGAGAUCUACUUGGGGAAAAAAUGCCAAGUCCAAGACAAGCCAAGACCAUGGCAGUUCUGGAUGAUAAUGCUAAAGAGUGGCAACACGGACACAACAGCCGCUAUAUGCCCGAUGAAUGGUAAGAAAGCAAGGCCAUUCCCACCGGAGCCUCGGUUUCCAUGCUUCGGUAAAGGGUGCAUGAACAUGCCAUUGAUGUACCAUAACUAUACAAAAAGCGUUAAAGGGGAAAAUGGCAAUACACGACUAAGGGGAAGUUUUUAUGGGUCGUGGGACUUGGAUGCAAAUGUUACAAAGGCUGUUACUAAAAAUGACACUUCAUACUAUUCUGUGACUUGGGAGAAGGAACUUAGAAAAGGAAGCUGGGUUUUUCAUCAUUUGUUGAAGACAUCGUCAAAGUAUCCAUGGUUAAUGAUAUACUUAAGGUCGGAUGCCACAACGGGAUUCUCCGGAGGAUAUCAUUAUCAGACAAGGGGAAUGUCAAAAAUAAUACCAAAAUCUCCCAAUUUCAAAGUUAGAUUCACACUUGACAUAAAGCAAGGAGGGGGUGAAAAGAGCCAAUUUUACCUCAUGGACAUUGGGAGCUGUUGGAAGAGUAAUGGAAAACCCUGCAAUGGGGAUGUGACCACAGACGUGACUCGAUACAGCGAGAUGAUCAUAAACCCUAGUACCCAACCAUGGUGCAAGCCAAAUAAUCUACAACUUUGUCCUCCAUACCACACUCUUCCAAAUGGGACUCGCAUCCAUCGAACAGACAAUGUUAACUUCCCUUAUAGUGCAUAUCACCUACACUGCUCUCCAGGGAACGCCCAACAUCUUGAGGAGCCCUACAACUUAUGUGAUGCAUAUAGCAAUCCUCAACCUCAAGAGAUUUUGCAAAUUUUACCUCACCCGAUUUGGGGGGACUAUGGAUAUCCAACAAAGAAGGGUGAGGGUUGGAUUGGGGAUUCGAGGACUUGGGAACUUGAUGUUGGAAGGUUGUCUCGAGAUCUUUAUUUCUAUCAGGAUCCAGGUACUGUGCCUGUGGCAAGGUAUUGGCCAUCGAUUGACUUAGGGACAGAAAUAUACAUUAGCGGCAAUGAAGUAGCUGAAUGGACAGUUAGCGACUUCGACAUCAUCUUACCUUGA